AAAGCGGUAGCGGCGCGGCGCGGCUCCCCAGUGCCGUGCUGCCGCGGAGCGCGGCGGAGGCAGCGCCGGCCAGGGCGGGCGGGAGCGGCCGGACUCCCCCCCCCUCCCGCGCCUUCCCCGGCCCAUCCCGCCCCGCCGCCCCGGCUCCUCCGGGCUGCAUGAAGGCGGGCGGGAGAGCCGGGCAUCGCCCGGGCGGCGGCAGCACCAUGGUCCGGCCGGGCAGGCUGCUGCGGCUCCUGACUCUGCUGAAGUUGCCCUGCUGCCUGCUGGAGUUGCUGCUCUGGGAGGCGGCCCGGGGGCAGGAGAUGUACGCGCCCCACUCCAUCCGGCUGGAGGGGGACAUCACCCUGGGCGGCCUCUUCCCCGUCCACGCCAAGGGCCCCCCGGGCGUGCCCUGCGGGGACAUCAAGAAGGAGAACGGCAUCCACAGGCUGGAGGCGAUGCUCUACGCUCUGGACCAGAUCAACAGCGACCCGGACCUGCUGCCCAAUGUCACGCUGGGCGCACGCAUCCUGGACACCUGCUCCCGAGACACCUACGCGCUGGAGCAGUCCCUCACCUUCGUCCAGGCUCUCAUCCAGAAGGACACCUCCGACGUGAGGUGCACCAACGGGGAGCCCCCCGUCUUCGUCAAGCCGGAGAAAGUAGUUGGAGUGAUCGGGGCGUCGGGAAGUUCCGUGUCCAUUAUGGUGGCCAACAUCCUCCGGCUCUUCCAGAUCCCACAAAUCAGUUAUGCCUCAACUGCACCAGAGUUGAGUGAUGACAGGCGCUAUGAUUUCUUCUCACGUGUGGUUCCUCCAGAUUCCUUCCAAGCACAAGCAAUGGUGGACAUUGUGAAAGCUUUGGGAUGGAAUUAUGUGUCCACUUUGGCAUCUGAAGGGAAUUAUGGAGAAAAAGGAGUCGAGUCCUUCAUGCAAAUUUCCAGAGAGGCAGGUGGGCUCUGCAUUGCUCAGUCCCUGAAAAUCCCCCAGGAUCGCAAGGACAAGACCAUCGACUUCGAUAAAAUUAUCAAGCAGCUCCUAGAAACUCCCAACGCCAGGGCCAUCGUUAUCUUUGCCAAUGAUGAGGACAUAAAGCAAAUCCUUGCAGCCGCCAAGAGGGCAGAUCAAGUGGGUCAUUUCCUAUGGGUGGGCUCAGACACGUGGGGCUCCAAGGUGAGCCCCUUACUUCAGCAGGAGGAUGUCGCCGAGGGAGCCAUCACCAUCCUGCCCAAGCGAGCGACCAUCGAGGGGUUCGAUGCCUAUUUUACCUCCCGCACCCUGGAGAACAACAGAAGGAACGUGUGGUUUGCAGAGUACUGGGAGGAGAACUUCAACUGCAAGUUAACCAUCAGCGGGUCAAAGAAGGAAGACACAGACCGUAAAUGCACAGGACAGGAGCGAAUUGGCAAAGACUCCCACUACGAGCAGGAGGGGAAGGUCCAGUUUGUGAUCGAUGCCGUGUACGCCAUGGCCCACGCGCUCCACCACAUGAACAAGGACCUCUGUGCCGACUACCCCGGGGUCUGCCCCGAGAUGGAGCACGCGGGAGGCAAAAAGCUGCUCAAGUACAUCCGCAGCGUUAACUUCAAUGGCAGUGCUGGCACUCCAGUGAUGUUCAACAAAAACGGUGAUGCACCAGGGCGCUACGACAUCUUCCAGUAUCACACCACCAACACCAGCACGCCGGGCUACCGCCUCAUAGGCCAGUGGACAGAUGACCUCCAGCUCAACAUCGACGAAAUGCAGUGGGGCAAAGGAGUGCGUGAAGUCCCGUCCUCGGUCUGCAGCCUGCCUUGCAAGCCGGGAGAGAGGAAGAAGAUGGUGAAGGGGAUGCCGUGCUGCUGGCACUGCGAGCUCUGCGACGGCUAUCAGUACCAGGCCGACGAGGUGACCUGUCUGCUCUGCUCAUACAACGAGCGGCCCAACGAGAACCGAACAGGAUGCCGUUCCAUACCCAUUGUCAAGCUGGAGUGGCACUCGCCCUGGGCUGUGAUACCCGUCUUCUUGGCUAUGCUGGGAAUUAUUGCCACCAUUUUUGUCAUGGCAACGUUCAUCAGAUAUAACGAUACUCCCAUUGUCCGGGCUUCGGGGAGGGAACUCAGCUACGUCCUGUUAACAGGGAUAUUUCUGUGCUACAUCAUCACAUUUCUGAUGAUCGCCAAACCAAACGUUGCCGUGUGCUCCUUCCGGCGUAUCUUCUUGGGCUUGGGGAUGUGCAUCAGCUAUGCAGCCCUCUUAACUAAAACAAACCGCAUCUACCGCAUAUUUGAACAGGGCAAAAAGUCAGUGACAGCACCUAGGCUUAUAAGCCCCACGUCACAGCUGGCGAUCACCUCGAGUUUGAUAUCUGUUCAGCUUCUAGGUGUCUUUAUUUGGUUUGCCGUUGACCCACCCAACAUCAUCAUAGAUUAUGAUGAGCAGAAAACUAUGAACCCUGACCAAGCCAGAGGAGUUCUCAAAUGUGACAUUACGGAUCUACAAAUCAUUUGUUCCUUGGGUUAUAGCAUUCUUCUAAUGGUUACGUGUACUGUGUAUGCCAUCAAGACUCGGGGUGUCCCAGAGAAUUUUAAUGAAGCUAAACCCAUUGGAUUCACUAUGUACACUACCUGUAUAGUAUGGCUUGCCUUCAUUCCAAUAUUUUUUGGCACUGCCCAGUCAGCCGAAAAGCUCUACAUACAAACUACCACACUUACAAUAUCCAUGAACUUAAGUGCUUCAGUGGCCCUGGGGAUGCUUUACAUGCCGAAGGUGUACAUCAUCAUCUUCCACCCUGAGCUAAACGUCCAGAAACGGAAACGCAGCUUCAAGGCUGUGGUGACAGCAGCGACCAUGUCGUCACGGCUCUCGCACAAACCCAGCGACCGGCCCAAUGGCGAAGCCAAAACGGAGCUGUGUGAGAACGUAGACCCAAACAACUGCAUACCACCAGUAAGAAAGAGUGUUCAAAAAUCUGUUACUUGGUACACUCUUCCACCUACUGUAUAGCUUUUGCCUGCUUUCCAAAAAGGCCCUGCUGCAAAAAAGAAGUACGUCAGCUAUAACAACCUGGUGAUCUAGUCCGUUUUGCUGCGUGGGGCGGAGGACGGGUGAGGAUUUUCAUCCCCGGCGGGCGCAGCCCUCCUCCCGAGCCCCCGGGUGUCACCUCGGCGGGGGCGAGGGCACGGCCGCGCCGCGGGGAAGCGCCAGCGGAGCCCCGCGCUCCCGACGGCGGCUCCAUGGAAUAUCCUUCAUCGCUCUCGGCUUAAUGCGUGGCUGGCACUGCCGUCGGCCGUGGCCUUGGACCUGCUCCGGCUGGCGGAGCCGCCAUGCCCGCGCGCCCGGCUGUGGCGCGGGAGGACGGGCUCCCCGCGGCGGGCUGCCCGCGGCUACAAGGACUCUAAGGGGCUAAUUCUGUCUUUCUAUGUACUUCCAGACUGCAAGUUUUUGAACUUUCUGUACAGUUUGUGAGGAUUUUUGCAUAUUGCCAUCCAUGUUGUUUCGAGUUCACUGUUUGUUUUUUGAAUGCACAGUUUCAUUGAGGGCCUAUUCUCACAUUAAAAUAACCCACACCGACAACUAAGGAUUUAAAAGACCUAUGUACAUGACCUGUAUGAUUACUAUUGUAUCACCGCAAUCCAUAUACGUUAUUUUUUUUUUUAACUAAACAAACAAAAAAAGAAUUUAAAGACCAAAAACUGUGCUGGCGAAGUUAGUCCCCCCCCUUCACAACUCCGAUGGGCUGCAGAGGAAGCAGAAAGGAUUUUUGCCGAGUUUUAGUAGAGGUCUUGAUAUUUGGAAUGCAUGCCAGUAAUGUAUUUUAUGGUACAUGUUAAUAAUUUAUGUUUGAUAUUUGUAUUUGUGUUCUAUUUUGUUAUUUUAUUUAAGGUAUAUGACUAUUUUGCAAUAAUUUCAAUAAUUCUUAUGAUAUUUGGAGGAAAGAAUAUGGCUUUUACAUGUCUUGAGGUUUUUUUUCUUUGUUGAUGCCCCACCAUGAUUGACCAGUGUGAUAAGGACUUAAAAAAGCAUGUAUGUUUUAUACUGUUUGUAAUAAGUAAUUUCGUUAAUCUUGCUGCUUAUGUGCCAAUUUAGUGAGACCAAUCUUUGCCGCAGACUCCUCCCUUCCUUUCCAUUCUCUCGAUCCUGUGAUAUUAUCCAAGAAUGUAUCAAUAAAGGAUUUUGGUUAA